AUGUUUGUUCUUUGGCAUAAACUUAAGAGAUUGAAGCAUGAUCUGAGAAGCUUCAGUAAGCCCCUUUCUGAUGUUAAGCAAAGGUUGUUAUUUGCUAGAGAUAAUCUCAAAAAAGCCCAACAGGAGUUGAGUGCUAAUAGAAUGAAUAUUAUUAUUAUUCGAAAAGUCAAGGAGCUUACAGAGGAAGUUAUUUCUCUUAAUGAGCUUGAAGAGAAGAUCUUGCAACAAAGGUCUAAAAUAGAAUGGCUUAGGAAAGGAGAUGGAAACAACUUGUAUUUUUAUGCCUCUAUUAAAGCUAAGCAGCAUUCCAACUGUUUGAGCAAUUUGAAAAAGAAUGAUGGUACUAGUAUCCAGUCUUAG